GAUCCAUCUCAUUCCACAACAUUUCUUUCAUUACAAAUAUUGUAAGCCAAAAAUCCAAGUUUAAUUUUCCAGUGCAAAAAAAAUGUCUCUAGUGACAGAUGAGAUCAGGGCCAGUGCAACUGAAUUCUACACUGGAAAUGAUAUCUGCCAAGAGAAAUCCAAGUUCUUGUUAACUGAAAUGGGCCUCCCUAAUGGCCUACUCCCUUUGCAAGACAUGCUAGAAUGUGGCUAUGUCAAGGACACAGGCUUUGUUUGGCUCAAAUCCAAGAAAAAAACUGAGCACAAGUUUGAGAAAAUUGGGAGAUUCGUCCAAUAUGCAACUGAAGUCACAGCCUAUGUUGAGCUCCACAAGAUCAAGAAACUUACUGGGGUCAAAGCCAAAGAGCUACUAAUUUGGCUCACACUUACUGAAAUUUGUGUUGAUGAUCGACCAACUGGGAAAAUCCAUUUCAAGACUCCAACUGGACUUUCUAGGACUUUCCCUGUAUCAGCUUUUGAACUCGAUGAGCCCAAAAAAGAAGUCCAAGAAGAGGUCAAAGAAGAAGUCAAAGAAAAGAGUGCUGCUGUUGCUGCAGGGGAAGUGAAAGAGGUGUAAGAAUAAUGCUUGGCCUAAUAUAAUUAUUCUAAUCUUUGCUUAUUAUUGAGGAAAAAAAAGUUUUAUUUUGAUCAAAAAAGUUGUUGUACUACUUAAGUUGAGGAUGAUGAUCAUCUAUCCAUCUUGAUGUACUCAUCAAGUGGCUAAUUAUAUCAUCUCUUCCUUGAAUUUAGUGACAUUAUUAAUAAACUUAAUUAAAUCAAGCGUUUA